AGUGCGCGGUCCCGCGGUCGUCCUGCUGUCACGAGCUUUAUCCAGGCAGCGGGGUGAAGGCUUGGAGAAUUUACAACGGGUACAAAUUACACCAUCUCUCCUAUUCCGCCCAAUUUUUUUGGCGCCACACGCUAAAAGAGAGCACCGUUGUACUUUCAUACCGCCGCUUGGCAACCCACCGAGACUGACGACGGCGUUGUUUCGGUCAACCUGGGAUGUAUUGCAGUAUUUGAAGGCUAUUUGCUAGCCAGCUAGCUAGCUAGCUAGCCGAACGCUGCGUGCUAACUUAACGGUGCGGUCAUUUCCUCAACGUUUCUUCGCCUAACAUUACCAACAAUAUUCAACGCAUUAUGUUGUUUUAACGACAGUUAACUCCCGUUGCCGUGUGUCGUGUCCGUCGCUUUUUUUGAAAUCGUCGCCCGAGGAGGAUUGAAUGAAAUAGCUUGACAUCGCCUGCGGAAAGGAGACAGUUAACGGGGAUAAGGUUUUAUUUACCGUGCUCCUCCUUGGUCACCGCCGCUAAGACCUUGUGUAGACAUACAACAAUUGUAACAGCUAAGUACACCUUUUUUUGGGGGGGGGGGGGGGCGAUUUACUAGUUGUGCUAAAUAGCUUGCCUUUACGCUCCAAGUCCUCUCCAUCGAAGAAGAAGCUGACCAGCAGCGGUUCCUUUUCCACCUUUUAGGCCGGACAGAAACCUGCAAAAAUGCCGGCUGUGUCCAAAGGAGAUGGAAUGCGAGGAUUAGCUGUUUUUAUUUCGGACAUCAGGAAUUGUAAAAGCAAGGAAGCGGAGAUCAAACGGAUCAAUAAGGAGCUGGCCAACAUUCGCUCCAAAUUUAAAGGGGACAAGGCUCUUGAUGGCUACAGCAAGAAGAAAUAUGUCUGCAAGUUGCUGUUUAUCUUUUUGCUUGGCCAUGAUAUUGACUUUGGACACAUGGAGGCGGUCAACCUGCUGAGUUCCAACAAGUACACAGAAAAGCAGAUUGGCUAUCUCUUCAUCUCAGUGCUGGUCAACAGCAACAGUGAGCUCAUCCGUCUGAUUAACAACGCCAUCAAAAAUGACCUGUCCAGCCGCAACCCCACUUUCAUGUGCCUGGCUCUUCACUGCAUUGCCAACGUUGGCAGCCGUGAGAUGGCGGAGGCCUUCGCCAGUGAAAUCCCGCGCAUCUUGGUUGCUGGUGAUACCAUGGAUAGUGUGAAGCAGUCAGCUGCCCUCUGUCUGCUGCGCCUCUAUAAGACAUCCCCUGAUUUGGUGCUGAUGGGGGAGUGGACAUCCCGCGUGGUGCACCUUCUCAAUGACCAACAUAUGGGAGUGGUGACUGCAGCCAUCUCACUUAUCACUUGUUUGAGCCAGAAGAAUCCAGAUGAGUUCAAGACCUGUGUUUCCUUGGCGGUGUCUCGACUCAGCAGAAUUGUGUCAUCAGCCUCCACCGACCUGCAGGACUACACCUACUACUUUGUUCCAGCACCAUGGCUCUCUUGUAAGCUUCUGCGUCUUCUGCAAUGCUAUCCUCCACCUGAAGAUGGAGCUGUAAAGGGCCGUCUGGUGGAGUGUCUAGAAACCAUCCUCAACAAGGCCCAGGAACCACCCAAGUCAAAGAAGGUGCAGCAUUCUAAUGCUAAGAAUGCAAUCCUUUUUGAGGCUAUUUCUCUGAUCAUCCACUAUGACAGUGAGCCCAAUCUGCUUGUGCGAGCCUGUAAUCAACUGGGCCAGUUCCUGCAGCACAGAGAGACUAACCUGCGCUACCUGGCUCUGGAAAGCAUGUGUACUUUGGCCAGUUCUGAGUUUUCACAUGAAGCAGUCAAGACGCACAUUGAGACGGUCAUAAAUGCCCUAAAGACGGAGAGAGAUGUUAGUGUUCGACAGAGAGCGGCAGAUCUGUUGUAUGCCAUGUGCGAUCGCAGCAAUGCCAAACAGAUCGUAGCUGAGAUGCUCAGUUACCUAGAGACAGCAGACUACUCCAUCAGAGAGGAGAUGGUGCUCAAAGUAGCCAUACUGGCUGAGAAGUAUGCUGUUGAUUACUCGUGGUACGUUGACACCAUUCUCAACCUCAUCCGUAUUGCUGGCGACUAUGUCAGUGAAGAGGUCUGGUACCGUGUCAUCCAGAUUGUCAUUAACCGCGAUGAUGUCCAAGGCUAUGCUGCUAAGACGGUCUUUGAGGCCCUUCAGGCCCCUGCCUGUCAUGAAAACAUGGUGAAGGUUGGAGGAUACAUUCUGGGAGAAUUUGGUAAUCUCAUUGCUGGUGACCCCCGUUCCAGCCCCUUGGUCCAGUUCAAUCUCCUUCACUCCAAGUUCCAUUUGUGCUCUGUGCCUACUCGUGCCCUGCUGCUGUCAGCCUACAUCAAAUUCAUCAACUUGUUCCCAGAGACUAAGACUACAAUCCAGGAGGUUCUGCGCUGCGACAGCCAGAUUCGUAACUCUGAUGUAGAACUGCAGCAGCGUGCUGUGGAGUAUUUGAAGCUCUCUUCUAUUGCCAGCACCGAUGUCUUGGCAACCGUUUUGGAGGAGAUGCCUCCUUUCCCAGAGAGAGAAUCUUCAAUCUUGGCUAAGCUGAAGAAGAAGAAGGGUCCUGGUGCAGUGUCCGUGACAGACCUUGAAGACAACAAACGGGAAGGCGGGGAGCUGAAUGGGGGCGGUGAACGGGGCCCCGACACAACAGCAAUGGCUGCCUCCAAUGCUUCCACCCCAUCACCAUCAGCAGACCUCCUCGGCAUUCGUUCUGGACCUCCUGUUGGCACGGCUCCAACCAGUGCCGGUAGCCUACUGGUGGAUGUGUUUUCUGAAGCAGGGCCCGCUGCACCUUCUGCUGCAGUGAAUGACGAUGGUUUCCUAAGAGAUCUGGAACAGCCCACCGAGACCUCUGACUCCCUAUUGGUGGAGGGUUCUUGUGACUCGGACUCUGCUCCUCCCUCUGAGGAUCCUGCUCCCCCUAUGUCUGAGGCUGAUGAACUUCUUAACAAGUUUGUGUGUAAGAACAAUGGAGUUCUGUUUGAAAAUCAGCUUCUACAGAUUGGCAUCAAGUCCGAAUAUCGUCAAAAUCUCGGGAGAAUGUAUUUAUUCUAUGGGAACAAGACAUCGGUGCAAUUUGCCAGCUUUACCACCACAGUCAGCUGUCCAGGAGAGCUCCAGCCACAGCUCAAUGUACAGACCAAACCAGUGGAGCCACUGGUAGAGGGAGGAGCCCAAAUCCAGCAAGUCCUCAACAUAGAGUGUCUGACUGACUUUUCUGAUGCUCCACUGCUCAACAUCAAGUUCAGAUACGGAGGAGCUCUGCAAAACUUGACCCUCAAGCUCCCCGUCACCAUCAACAAAUUCUUUCAGCCCACUGAAAUGUCCUCAAAUGAUUUCUUCCAGCGUUGGAAACAGCUGAGCCUGCCUCAACAAGAAGCACAAAAGAUAUUCAAAGCUAACCACAGCAUGGACACAGAAGUACUUAAGGCCAAGCUACUAGGACUUGGAGCGGCCCUGCUGGACAAUGUCGAUCCAAACCCAGAGAACUACGUGUCUGCUGGAGUGAUCCAGACCAAGGGUCAGCAGGUUGGCUGUCUGCUAAGACUGGAGCCUAAUGCCCAGGCACAGAUGUACCGACUGACUUUGCGCUCUAGCAAGGACUCCGUGUCAAAGCGCCUCUGUGAGCUGCUGGCCCUGCAGUUCUAGACUUGCGAGAGCUCCAGAACUUUAUCAAGACCAUUUCCUCCCAGAUUCUUUAAAAAACAAAACACACACAAAAAAAAAACUACCUACAUAAGGGAAACACAGCCACUGUUAGCAGCAGUGGCCAUAUUAUUGUCAUUAUUCUAAUUCAUCUUCGAUUUGAUUAUUAACAUCUUCCUACAUUAUUUUUGUUUUGUGGCGUGUAGCAGCCGGGCUCGUGCGUGUGUGUGCGUGUGUGUGCGUGUGUGUGUGUGUGUGUGUGUGUGUGUGUGUGUGUGUGUGUGUGUGUGUGUGUGUGUGUGCGUGCUUUAUCUCGGCUGCUGUGUAUUACUGAUGUUUAAGUGGGUGUUGAUGAAAUGGGAGGAUAGUAUUCAUCAUAGAGAUUUAUAUUCUCCCAUGCCCUUUACACACACAGUUUCUUGAAUGAAGACCCAAAGGUCCUACUGUCGGUCCAUUUCAAACAUUCCCCGUGAUCAUCGGCCAGUAAAAAUGCACCUAAGGGUUUUUGGGACGAUCCCCCCCGAUUCCUCCGCUCUACGUUUCAGUCAAUCGAUGGUUUGUUUGGUAUCGACGUGUCUGUAAAUAAGUGUUCACUCGACUGCAAUCAUUCCCGUCAAUCCCAGCGAAUAGGAAGCAAGGUUUCGGAGAGUUGGGACCGCUCUUAUCCCCACCGCUCUGCUGUGUAAACCCAAACAGCCAUUUUUAAGCUGAUGUCUUUUUGAGACACGUCAUCAGGCGUCUGGCUUUCGUUUUUAAAAGACACAACGCUUACAAGUUGAAAAAGUCGUCCUUACCUAGCAGGAAUGGCCAGAUCCCGUAUAUUAGCGCCGCUUGCCGUGUCGUGUUCAGGAGGAAAUGUUGGCGAUGUUCUCCGCCACAAUAAAAGCAGCAUAAACACUUCACCCGACGUUCGGCAAGGACCUUUUUUGGGGGGCUUCCUCUUGCACACAGCAGCAGUAGUGAUAUAGCGGAAGAGUCGUCAUUGUAAUUACAGAGGACUUCUAUAUAAAAGUGUGUGACUGGGAGCAGGUAAUACAAAAGAAGAGACAUUGUCACCAAGCAUUGUAGUGGAAAGCUUUUUUUUGUGUGUGUGUGUCAUUCUGUGGGUGUGUGUGCGUUAUCCACCGGCUAAUGCAGCCUCAUGUAUUUGAUGUUUAAAAGAAAAUGUCCAAUACCUGUGUUAGAAUUAAGAUUUACUCUGUAAUGAAAAAAAUGUGAAAGUAAAACUAUGCCAUAUAUCCGA